ACGAGCUGCGCUUGCGCAGAGCUUGUUCAAGGGCCUUAUUUAGGUUGCGCAGGCGCCCGCCAGCCAUUUCACUCAGCCACGCUGAAAUCGGGUGGUCAGUCUGUGUGGACGCCAAGACCCACCGGGAGACGAUGAUGCUGGGCACGGAAGGCGGAGAGGGGUUCGUGGUGAAGGUCCGGGGCCUGCCGUGGUCUUGCUCGGCGGACGAAGUGCAGCGGUUCUUCUCCGACUGCAAAAUUCAAAAUGGGGCUCAAGGUAUUCGUUUCAUCUACACCAGAGAAGGCAGACCGAGUGGAGAGGCUUUUGUUGAACUCGAAUCAGAAGAGGACGUCAAAUUGGCCCUGAAAAAAGACAGAGAAACUAUGGGACACAGAUAUGUUGAAGUAUUCAAGUCAAACAACGUUGAAAUGGAUUGGGUGUUGAAGCAUACUGGUCAUAGUCCUGACACGGCCAAUGAUGGCUUUGUGCGGCUUAGAGGACUCCCCUUUGGAUGUAGCAAGGAAGAAAUUGUUCAGUUCUUCUCAGGGUUGGAAAUCGUGCCAAAUGGGAUAACAUUGCCGGUGGACUUCCAGGGGAGGAGUACGGGGGAGGCCUUCGUGCAGUUUGCUUCACAGGAAAUAGCUGAAAAGGCUCUAAAGAAACACAAGGAAAGAAUAGGGCACAGGUAUAUCGAAAUCUUUAAGAGCAGUCGAGCUGAAGUUAGAACUCACUAUGAUCCACCACGAAAACUUAUGGCCAUGCAGCGGCCAGGUCCCUAUGACAGACCUGGGGCUGGCAGAGGGUAUAACAGCAUUGGCAGAGGAGCUGGCUUUGAAAGGAUGAGACGUGGUGCUUAUGGUGGAGGUUACGGAGGCUAUGAUGAUUACAAUGGCUAUAAUGAUGGCUAUGGUUUUGGGUCGGAUAGAUUUGGAAGAGACCUCAAUUAUUGUUUUUCAGGAAUGUCUGACCACAGAUACGGGGAUGGUGGCUCUACUUUCCAGAGCACAACUGGACACUGUGUACACAUGCGGGGAUUACCUUACAGAGCUACUGAAAAUGACAUUUAUAAUUUUUUUUCACCGCUCAACCCUGUGAGAGUACAUAUUGAAAUUGGUCCUGAUGGCAGAGUAACUGGUGAAGCAGAUGUCGAGUUUGCAACUCAUGAAGAUGCUGUGGCAGCUAUGUCAAAAGACAAAGCAAAUAUGCAACACAGAUAUGUAGAACUCUUCUUGAAUUCUACAGCAGGAGCAAGCGGUGGUGCUUACGAACACAGAUAUGUAGAACUCUUCUUGAAUUCUACAGCAGGAGCAAGCGGUGGUGCUUAUGCAAACCAGUCCAGUUACGGUGGCCCAGCCAGCCAGCAGCUGAGCGGUGGUUAUGGAGGCGGCUAUGGUGGCCAGAGCAGCAUGAGUGGAUAUGGCAGCCAAGGAGCAGUGAACAGCAGCUACUACAGUAACGGAAGCCGUGCAUCUGUGGGAGUGAACGGAAUGGGAGGGAUGUCUAGCAUGUCCAGUAUGAGUGGUGGAUGGGGAAUGUAAUCGAUCCUUGUCGCUGACUCUUGGUCAAUAUUACUUUAAUGGGGGAAAAAAACAUGAAACAAGUUUAACAGUUUUGCGAUACCAGCUUGUGAUUUAUGCUUUGAGUGGAAAUCAGGAUUGUUUUAAACUUAAGGUUCAGUAUUUUUGAACACAAAUAUCAUCUAGGAUGUAACAACUAAGUUGAGUAAACUAUAACUGUUAAACAAUUUUUAGCUUUUCUCAAGUUAGUUCUAUUGUAGGGUGUACUUAAGCAGUAAGUAUAUUUAGGUUAAAGCAGUUGAAUUAUGUUAAAUGUUGCUCUUACAUCACAUUACCCUGGACACUGUUUGGAAGCAUGUUGAAAGACAUGCUUUUUUUGUAAAACUCAAUAUAGGAGCUGUCUCAACAAUUAAAAGUGAAACAUUUGGCAUGUUUGUUAAUUCUAGUUUUCAUUUAAUAACUUCUAAGGCACGUAAGGUUAAGCCUUUUUUUUUUUUCUUUUCUUUUUUAAGUUAAUGGGGAAAAUUUGAGACGCAAUACCAGUACUUUAGGAUUUUGGUCUUGGUGUUUGUAUGAAAUUCCAAGGCCUUGAUUUAAGUCUUUCAUUGCAUUGUGAGUUCCUUUUAGGUGUAUUGCGCUAAGUGAAACUUGUCAAAUAAAUCUUCCUUUAAAAACUG